AGCUAGUGGCUGUAUAUUUUGUAACCAAGCAGCUCUGUAUGCUGGCUGCAGCCAGGGCGGCCCAGGUCGAGGGCUACUGAGAGUCCAUGGUCUCGUCGAAUCACAGACCAUCAGGGGGCCUUACUGCGAAGCUAAUAAUUACGGGAAAUAUCUGGAUAAUAACAAGCCGGGUUUCAUCUGGUAAAGUGAAAACAGAGGAUAAGAUCAUCAUUUUGGACCAUAUGACAAUUAGUCUCUUAUGGACGAUCACAUUAGUUGUUAAUAGUACGCUGUUGGUGACAUCUUAUCUGAAGCCAAAUCUUUAUCUCUUCAAACGGGCUCCUUUUGAAACUUCUUGGCCUCUUCACAAGUUGAAAGCUGAAUCCAUACAUGCGAAGUGGCAGGAUGACGGAGGCGUGGCAGCAGCAGCACGCUGUGGUCCCACCGCCAGUGGUGCACACCCUUCCCCCGGCCACCGACAACCCUCUUGGCUGUGCAGUUUAUGGGGUUGUCCUGCAACCUGACUCAGCCCUACAGCAACCACAACACAGCCAGCAUGGCCAACAGCUCUCUGUGCCCUCCCAACAGCCCUCCUUACAGGUAGGUGGUGAGGGAGGACAUAAGUGUGGAGCCUGUGGCCAUGAUAUCUCUCACCUGGCCAAUCCACAUGAGCAUCAAUGCAUGGUAAACCAGGACCGUUCCUUUCAGUGCACGCAGUGCAUGAAGAUCUUUAGCCAGGCCACUGACCUGCUGGAACACCAGUGUGUACAAGUGGAGCAGAAGCCCUUUGUGUGUGGUGUGUGUAAGAUGGGGUUCUCCCUGCUUACCUCGCUAGCACAGCAUCACAAUGCACACAACAAUGGAAACAAUCCCAUGAAAUGUUCCAUCUGUGAGAAAACAUACAGACCUGGCUCUGGAAAUGCCACCCCAACUUCUUCCGCUGCUAAUCCUCUGCAGGCAUCUACUGGCGAAGCUUCCAGCGGUGGUGCUGCGAUGGGAGCCUCAGCCCCAACAGCGUUUGAGGCCUCCGCUCCGGAUAGGCCCUAUAAGUGCUCAGUGUGCCAUAAGGGCUUCCGCCAUUUGUCAGAGCUGUCACGUCAUGAACGAGUGCACACAGGUGAGAAGCCCUACAAGUGUGACACGUGUGACAAGAGCUUCAGCCAGUCAUCUCACCUGGCCCACCACCAGCGCACCCAUAGCUCGGAGCGCCCAUACAAGUGUGCUGUCUGUGAGAAGUGUUUCAAGCACAGGUCGCACCUUGUGCGCCACAUGUACGCUCAUUCAGGUGAGCAUCUGUUCAAGUGUAAUUUGUGCGAAAUGCACUUCAAGGAAUCGUCUGAGCUCCUGCACCACCAGUGCCAGCCAAUAGGGGAACGGCCAUUUCGUUGUGGCUCUUGUGGAAAAGGCUUCAAGCGUCCGUCAGACUUACGGCAGCAUGAACGCACCCACUCUGAGGAGCGUCCCUUCCAGUGUGAGGAAUGUCAGAUGAGCUUCAAGCAGCAGUACGCCCUGGUGCGCCACCGCCGCACACACAAGAACCCUGCAGACCGCCCAUUCAAGUGUAACCUGUGUGACAAGGGAUUCCUGCAACCAUCUCACUUGCUGUACCACCAGCAAGUCCACGGCAUGGAGAGCCUGUUUAAGUGUGCUUCCUGCCAGAAGGGUUUCAGCCAAUCGGGAGAACUGCUUAGGCACAAAUGUGGCGGAUCAGGGUCUAGCUCUGCACCAGUGGAGAAGCCAUACAAAUGUGAUGUGUGUGGUAAAGGAUACAAGAAAAAUUCAACACUCCAACGACACCAGAACUCUCACUGCACGGAGAAACCUCUCAAAUGCUCCUUGUGUGACCGGCGUUUCGUAUCAUCUUCUGAGUUUGUCCAGCACCGUUGUGACCCAACUCGAGAGAAACCGCUAAAGUGUCCGGACUGUGAAAAGCGCUUCAAGUACUCCUCUGAGCUACAACGCCAUCGACGUGUUCACACUGGAGAGAAACCAUACAAAUGUGCCAGUUGCGAUAAGAGUUUCAAGCAACGUGAACACCUGGCCAAGCAUCAGAGUGUACACUCCCGGGAAACCCAGUUCAAGUGUGUGUGGUGUGGUGAGCGUUUUGUUGACCUGACAGCCUUGCAGGAGCAUACAGUCCAACAUACUGCAGAAGGAAGUGGCUAUCCUGCGGCCCCCUGCAUACCAUGAUUUAGCCAACCAGAGGCCCUGUGCACAGUGAGAGUAAGGCCCUCUGGGCAUGGAGUAUCACCAUAUACCACCCUACUUAUGUAUAGACACAAUCAUUCUUUGCAUUUAUAGACACAAACUGUACCUCACCUUCCAUGUUGCAUAAAAACCUUUGUCUCCUUUUGUUAACGGAGAGAUGUCAUUGCCUCUUCAUCUUCAUGCAUAAACUGAUA